AUGUUGAGAGAACAGGGUGUUCAACAGUUUGAACUGUUCAGACAGCAGCAGGCUGCUGCUGGUAGGUCGAUGCACUCGCGUCGACCCGAAACCUUGAAGAUUGACAUCUCCAAGUAUAUGGGAGUCGAAGAGGACUCCCUCUUGAGAUGGUUCGUCGAAUUGGAUGACGCCAUAAGGGCGCGUCGCAUCGACGACGUGGAUAUGCAAGUUGCAUUUGCCCAGUCAAAUCUGGCAGGACGUGCCAAGACUUGGGCACUGGGGCUCAAGUUGCACGACCCAUAUGCGUUUGGGUCGUUGGAAGUCUUCAAGUCGCGGCUCAGACAAACGUUUGAACCGCCUGGAGCUGAGUUCAGAGCUCGAACCGAACUCUUGAAGCUCAAGCAGGGUAAGCGUGAUGUGCACGCUUACGCGCAACAUUUACGACAUCUUACGAGUUGUAUAAGUUCCAAUCCGGUGGAUGAACACACGUUGGUUUCGGUGUUCAUGCAGGGUCUUGCGGAUGGUCCCGUCAAGACUCACCUGUUCCGGCUUGAACUAGAUUCACUAGAACAAGCCAUUUCCAUUGCGGAGCAGGAAGACUUCAGUCUGAGAUAG